UUGCCUGGGCGACAGAGCGAGACCCUGUCUCAAAGAAAGGGGGAAACGAGAUCCAUCUGGUUGGGUUUCUCAGAAGCAUCAUGACAUUAAUUUGGCUUUGUAGAGUCUUUAACAUGCCCAAACUGAUUGUUGGUAGAGCCAUGACCACAUCUGCUGCUUUGUAUUUGAGACUAUUUGAGUUGUGAUUUUCCUGCCAACGUUCCUUGGUAUCCCUAUAUGAAUAAAAUAUUCCACAAUUGUUUACUGUUUCUCAUGAUCGGUGGCAUCAGUCUUGGCAAGUCCUUUAGUUGAUGAAUAUUUAAUAAAUACUUAACUGGUCAGUUCUGCAGCCUUGUGGAUUUUCUAGACAAAACUAGGGUACUUACAGUUUGGUCAGAGUGAGAAGGGCCCAGAGAGAGCAUUAGGCUCUCACUUCAGCAGCGACUGACCUGGCUGGUAGCUACCGUCCUGAGCCUGGGGCACAAAGGGGUCCUUGUUUAAUCGGCUGACUUUGUAGACUGGCAAACACCUGGGGUUUAUUUCCACAUUACAGCAGGGCACUUGGACAUCUUCACUGAGCAUGUUUUUAAGUAGGUGAGAAAAUAUUGGAAUCUCUUGAAAAUAGCUCUAGAAAGUAGACUAUUUACAAAUCUUAGUUUGGAAUUGAGAGGUAGUUUACCUGUAUUUCUCUUAGGUUUGUCAAAGCAGACUUGAGAAGAUUAACUUCUGUACAUUUUAUGAUUUCUAGGCAUUACGUAGGUAUUUGUUCAUAUUUUGCUUUUGACACAGUAACUUUUGGGGGGUGUGAAGAUGGCAAGAGGCUGGGCUUGGCUGUUCUGCACAUCACUGCUGCUUGCUCCAGUACGCUCUCAGUAAUCUUACUGUGUCCACGGCCUGCUGCUGCUUACUGCCAGGAAGUGUGACUUGGGGAAUAAGUUAUGAUAAUGUCUGUUUACAGGUCAUAAGAUAGUGCUACCCAUGCAGUCCUUUGCACAACUGCGAGAUCUCCAUUUUGAUCCCUCCAAUGCCGUGGUCCAUGUGGGCGGUGUUCUGUGCAUUGAGAUAACCAUGUACAGCCAGAUGCCUGUGCCCGUUCAUGUGGAGCAGAUUGUGGUCAAUGUCCACUUCAGCAUUGAGAAAAACAGCUACCGGAAGACUGCGGAGUGGCUUACCAAGCACAAGACGUCCAACGGGAUCAUUAACUUUCCACCCGAGACCGCACCUUUCCCUGUAUCCCAAAACAGUUUGCCCGCCCUGGAGCUGUAUGAGAUGUCUGAGAGAAGCCCAUCUGAUAACUCCUUGAACACGACCGGGAUUAUCUGCAGAAACGUCCACAUGCUCCUGAGAAGGCAGGAGAGCAGCUCCUCUCUAGAGAUGCCCUCGGGGGUGGCUCUGGAGGAGGGGGCCCACGUGCUGAGGUGCAGCCACGUGACCCUGGAACCAGGGGCCAACCAGAUAACCUUCAGGACUCAGGCCAAGGAACCUGGAACAUAUACACUCAGGCAGCUGUGCGCCUCAGUGGGCUCCGUGUGGUUCGUCCUCCCUCACAUCUACCCCAUUGUGCAGUACGACGUGUACUCGCAGGAGCCCCAGCUGCACGUGGAGCCGCUGGCUGAUAGCCUUCUGGCAGGCAUUCCUCAGAAAGUCAAGUUCACUGUCACUACCGGCCAUUAUACGAUAAAGAAUGGAGACAGCCUGCAGCUCAGCAAUGCAGAAGCCAUGCUUAUUCUUUGCCAGGCGGAGAGCAGGGCCAUGGUCUACUCCAACACGAGAGAACAGUCUUCUGAUGCCGCGCUCCGGAUUCAGUUCUCUGACAAGGUCACGAGCAUCAGUCUGCCUGUUGCGCCUGCGUACCAUGUGAUCGAAUUUGAACUGGAAGUUCUCUCUUUACCUUCAGCCCCAGCACUCGGAGGGGAGAGUGACAUGCUGGGGAUGGCAGAGCCCCACAGGAAGCAUAAGGACAAACAGAAAACUGGCCACUGCAUGGUUACCACAGACCACAAAGUGUCGAUUGACUGCCCGUGGUCCAUCUACUCCACGGUCAUCGCACUGACCUUCAGUGUGCCCUUCAGGACCACGCACGCCCUGCUGUCCUCAGGAACACGGAAAUAUGUUCAAGUUUGUGUCCAGAAUUUGUCAGAACUUGACUUUCAGCUGUCAGAUAGUUAUCUUGUAGAUACCAGUGAUAGCACCGACCUGCAACUAGUACCACUGAACACGCAGUCCCAGCAGCCCAUCUACAGCAAGCAGUCGGUGUUCUUCGUCUGGGAACUCAAGUGGACAGAAGAGCCUCCCCCUUCUCUGCAUUGCCGGUUCUCUGUUGGAUUUUCCCCAGUUUCUGAGGAACAGCUGUCUGUCUCCUUAAAGCCGUAUAUUUAUGAAUUUAAAGUGGAAAAUUUUUUUACAUUAUACAACGUGAAGGCUGAGAUCUUUCCCCCUUCGGGAAUGGAGUACUGCAGAACAGGCUCCCUCUGCUCCCUGGAGGUAUCGAUCACGAGGCUCUCAGACCUCUUGGAGGUGGACAAGGAUGAAGCACUGACCGAAUCUGAUGAGCAUUUUUCGACAAAGCUUAUGUAUGAAGUUGUCGACAACAGUAGCAAUUGGGCAGUGUGUGGGAAAAGCUGCGGUGUCAUCUCCAUGCCAGUGGCUGCUCGGGCCACUCACAGGGUCCACAUGGAAGUGAUGCCGCUCUUCGCGGGGUAUCUCCCUCUGCCCGACGUCAGGCUGUUCAAGUACCUCCCCCAUCAUUCUGCGCACUCCUCCCAACUGGACGCUGACAGCUGGAUAGAAAAUGACAGCCUGUCAGUAGACAAGCACGGGGACGACCAGCCAGACAGCAGCAGCCUUAAGAGCAGGGGCAGCAUGCACUCAGCCUGCAGCAGCGAGCACAAAGGCCUGCCCAUGCCCCGGCUGCAGGCACUGCCGGCCGGCCAGGUCUUCAACUCCAGCUCAGGCACGCAAGUCCUGGUCAUCCCCAGCCAAGAUGACCACGUCCUGGAAGUCAGUGUAACAUGACAGCGCUGGGGUGAACACAUGCCAUGGCCCAGCUAGGAGUGCACUUUAUGGGACUGUGACUGGACUCUUCUCCGUUCUGGCUCCAGCCAGACCUUCAGUGGUCCUGCCUGGCUGUGGGGACGUCAGAGAGCAUCAUCAUGCAGCUGGCCAGCGAGUUCUGUUGUUGUUUUCAUGCCGCCUGUGAUCUCACAUUCCUGCUUUUCUCACCCCGUCCCCAUGCUGGUGUCCCACGCCACUUACUCAGAGCUCCAGCCUCCCUCCCCCUACCUCACACGCUGCUCAUGAAAGUUGCCACCCAUGCUGUCUCCACGAAGCAGCCUCUGUCUGCUGGCUCUUUGUGGAAGGCCAUUUGUCUUUCAGGUAGACACUCAGCAGGCCUUGCAUUCUUAGUGACAUGUGUGUGCCUUUCUGGUCACACAGCUGCCCAGGUUCCUGAUCGGGGUUUAUUUGUGUCCCCUAAGGGGUAAAACAGCCGUUUACCGCAGAUCCUCUCGUUGUGCUUUUCUAGAGUAACACCCUUCUAGGGGAGGUGGGUGGGGGGAGGGAGGGAUCAUAACCCCUUCUGUGCCUUGGGAUGCCGGAGCUGGGGGACCUGGAGGCCCAUCAGCCGGAGCCACGUGAAAGGUACUGAAGAAAGCUGAGACCCGGCUGUGAGGAACUCCUCGGCGGUGAGGUGGUUUAGGGAUAAAUGUUUCUAGAACCCUGUGGUCCCCUAUAAUGUUGAUAGAAUAUCAUAUGCACUGGGAGUUAAAUAUGUAUUUAAUUUAAUGAUCAUUAUAUAUGUGGGGGUUAAUACGUUUUUCUGUCCCUUUAAAGUCUUUACAUGUAAUUGUAGCUGUAUAAUCAUUAUUUUUCUUUUGCACCUUAAGUCUUAGAAAUUAAGAUGUUCCAUCGUGAGGAUGAGAGAGGUCCUCAGUGGGUUUUCAGUCUGGUUGUAGGGAAGGACUCAAGUCCUGGAAUGUCCUCCGCUGGUCUACUGAGUUGCAGUCACACUGUUCCAAUGGAGUAUUUGCUUUCGGUUGUAAAUUUAAUUGUACAUAUGGUUGAUUUAUUAUUUUUAAAAAUACAGACUAACUGAUGUAAUGUUUAUGUGUAAGUUGCACCAAAAAUCAAGGACAAAAAUAAGUGUGUUUGUUUUUACAGGUGUGAAAGUCACAGCUUGUAAAUAAGUGUUGUACGUAUUAAACCUUUUCCAGCUCUCCAAAGCGAUGUAUUUUUGUACAUAUGAAAUAGAGUACUCUUAAUUUCCUGGGCAAGCGUGCUUGGAAUUGAACUUGACAAGAUUAGCGCGAGCAGAUAGAAUCGGGUCCAGCAGCGAGUGGCCCUCGUGUGAAUCCCCGUGGAUAUGCAAGUCGUGGAGAGAAGGAGCACCGGGUUCCCGCCCAGCACGGUGCUUGCGGGAGGCAGUGGGGCGUGGGAGGAAGGAGGCACAGACUGGGGAAACGUGACAGCUGUCAUUUCCAGUAUUCUCUGUGUUAUCUUUUAGCUCAUUCAAUAAAUAAAGGUGAUGUGAUUUUUUUUUUUCCUUCUACGUCUUUUUCAUUUGUAGAAAUUGGAGACAUGUAAAGAAGAUAAAUAAUUGUGUAUUUAAACUUCCCAGAAAUUUAUCUUCCUCAUGUGCAGUUUAAAACUAACAAACUUGGUCAAACUAGUUAGCAAAUUAGAACUUCAGAAUCUAAUGAUAGUUUAGGGUUUCUAAAAUAAGGUUUUUUUAUCGUAAAAAUUGAUGAUUGCCCUGCAUUUCUACCAAGUCCUGUGAAUAAAGAGAUGGGAGAUUUGAUUCUGUCAGAAGAGCCUGUAAUCCGUGUUGUCAGCCUGGGAGGCUUCCCCAGUCUAUAAUGUAGCUUUCCCUCUUACCCUUUCUCUCUUACCUUCUGGAAGAGGGAAUGUGAUUAAAUGUUUUAUUUAUUACUCUCUGAUAUUCUUGUAUCUAGUUCUACUCCUAGGAUGAAAUUAUCCAACUUCACAUAUAUUUAGAGGAAGAAAGUGAAGGAGAAAUUUAAAAUGUUUACAGUGCUUUCUUAUUGCCUGAAAAUGGAAUGAAAUCAAAUUUAUCAGUUUUUUCCCCCAAUUACCCAAAAGAUCUUUUGCAAAUUAUGUUACAUGAAUGCUUCUGCCUCUUUAAGACAAAGAAGGUUACCCAAAAUUGUCAUUUUUUUCUUAAUGUUUGUCAUAAAAGUCCUAAAAGAGUAACUGUAAUUGGAUUUUUAUUGUUUUAUGUAAAGUAAGGUCUAUGUGUUUGAGACAAGCUGGUUUUGUUGAUAAAGAUGUAAGAGAUGUUAAAUAAUUGUGAAGCCGGAUAUACAAUGUGUAUCUAAAAAGCAAGGAAUUUGCAGCCAUUUUACAAAUAUCUGUGGAACAUGUAAAUACUGUGAAAUGGAAAAUAAAAUAAGUUAUAAUUUUUGUGAAUUUCAUGGGAUGUCCUAUGAUUGGAAAAAUUAUAACUUCUGAUUCUAA